GUGGAAACCGGAAUAUUUAAGAAAUAAUAUUGCAAGCGGCUGUUUAAUAAAUAAGCACAAAAACCAGCUGUUUUAUCAGUUACAGGAUGUGACCGAUCAGAAAAAGGGUUCCCUAAACCCCUUUCAUUUCCUCUCAGUCUAUAAUGUUUCUGAAGACAGUUCCUCCAGUGGCAGUUCACUCAGAAUGGAGGUCUGCUAAGAGCUUAAGCCUGCCUUUCUGCUUUAAUGACAGUACUUCAGACAGUGAUUUUGCCACCUCCAGUGGUUCUCCCAUUGCUCACAAAGUCCAGAUGAUCAUUGAUGGCCUUCGAAGUACACAGUCCUCAGACAUGAGUGAUAAAGUGCCAGCAGAUGCCAGUGCCCAGUCCGGCUUUGAAAUGCCCAGGCACGGUGGCCGUACACCUCACCUCAUGGAAGCAUUAACAAGGCCCCAUCGAACAGAUAAAGACAGUGCUAAGCUUCAGACAUCUUGCUCAGAUGCCAGUGAAAGCUCUGACAGUGAUGAUUCUGUAGACCGGGGGAUUGAGGAGGCUAUCCAGGAGUACUUAAAAGAGAAAGUGGACCACAAGCAUAAAACGGAUCCAAAAGCAAGUUCUGGACAGAUAACUAAGGUUCGGCGGGGAGGCACCUGUAUGCCAGAUUCUCCUAAACAGCUUUUACAUAUCAACAAGCAGACUUCUAGCAACAGUGAUGUGAAAGGUUCAACAGGAAUUCAGCCUUUGGUGGACUUAAAAAAGAAGUCAAGCAAAGAAAAUCAGUAUAAAAAAACUCAUAGAGCUAAAAUCUUGCCUUCAAAAGCUAUAACUUGUUCUUGGGUACAGAGAGAAUCUACAUCCUUUUUGCCCUGUAAGGACAAAACAACCCCUCACAUUAAGCUAAAAGUGGAACAGGAGGAGUUUGAUUCUAGCAGUGAUGAUGGUAUUGAAGAGGCCAUUCAAAAGUUUCAGCAAAAGGAGAAAGAACGUCACGAGAACUUUUUGCACCAAGAUUCCAGCAGUGAUGAUGGCAUUGAGGAGGCCAUUCAGCACUACCAACAAGAAAAGGAACAUAAACUUCAAACCAAACCAAGUCUUCAGUUGGCUACGCAGCACACCAGCAUUCAGCCACAUAAAAACCUGGUAAAGAAAAAGAGCAGCAACAAUAGGAAGAAAAAUGUGAUAGAACAGAGAGAGGUGAAGUGUGCUUCACCAAGACAUGUAAACCACUCUUUGAACAUGUCAUCCACAGACUGUCUAAAAGCUAGAGAAAAAGUUAAAGAGCCGUUUGUUGAGCAGCAGAUCCACUCCACUCUUAUGGUUACCACCACAGCUGAGCUGAUGUGUGCUGAGGCUAUCUUGGACAUUUCCAAGACUGUCAUGCCUGCAGCAUUUGAACCCACUGGGAACUUAGCUAAAAGCUCUGUAGCAGAGACUUCAUCAUUAUUUUCUGCAAAUCUUUUGCCCCAACCAGAUGAAAAGACUGAUGAGAGCUCUGUGGAUAGUGAGGAUGGAAUCGAGCAAGAGAUCAGAAAAUUUCUGGAGCACAAAGCAAAGCUGCAUGAACAUGGGGUGGUGCCCACCUCUGAUUGCUCCAAAGUACUCUCAGGUGCUAAAGCCUCACAGAACAAGAAUGUGAAGGAUCAAAGCAAAGCACUAAGGCUGUCUCUCUCACGGAAAAGAAAGCACAGAGAGGUAGAUAGCAGGAGUGGUAAAAAAGAAAUUGCUGGUAAUAUGCUUAAAAAGGAAGCUCAUCCAAAGGACAUUACCCAGAUUGAUCUUCCUGUUAUGAAAGCCAGCACCAGUAGUCCAGUCAUGCUGAAGCAUAGCAAGCCCAAACAGAAGUCCACAUGCUCUCUGACAGAAGACUCCACAACCAAGGACAAGGAUUCUAGCUCUGUCUCUAUUGGCACUUUAAAUUCUUCAGGGGCUCUGAUUGGCUUAAAAGAUAGCAGCGAUAAGAGCAGCUCAUUGGAUAGUGACGAAGAUCUCGACGCAGCGAUUAAAGAUUUGCUUAAGACAAAGAAGAAAGUAAAAAAGAAAGUACGAGACUUAAAACUGAAGACACAAAAAUGUCUGAUGGCCACACAGUUGUCGGGUCCUGACAAAAAACAUAAACCUGUCACGACCAAACUCUUAAAAACUCUGAAAUGCAGCAAAUCUGCAGCAAGCAUAUCAGGAGAUGACAAACACAAAGUUCUUAUAUCGCAGGAAAGCAGCAAAAUGCCUAAACAAAGUGUAACAGACCCCGUAAAGGGCCCUGGAGACCAACAUCGAUCUAAGAUGACAGUCUCUCUGUCUUCUAUCCAGCCUUUGCAAGUGAAAGAGGACAGUAGUUCAGUGGAUAGUGAUGACAGCAUUGAGCAAGAGAUUCGUCGGUUCUUAGCUGAAAAAGCAAAAGUGUCACCUAUGCAAUUAUCAAUAGGUUCACAGAAUAAAGAUAAAGAAACAGUAACCACACAUGAAGAAAAUAAUGUUAGAAUAAAGGAGGAAACUUCUGAGACCACACACGGACUCCAACACACUGACCCAAUGCUGGUGCAAGAGCGACCACAACAAAUCACAUCAGUGCCUGCAAACCAGCCGAGAUCAUUUUAUAACAAUAAGGUGAAGACUGAAGGACCAAUAUCAACCAAUUAUUGUGUUACAAAGGAGAAAAGGACAUGUGGACAAGUGGAAAAGGCCUUCAAUGAGCAGAGACGUAACAGUUUAGACAUAGAUAAGGCUUCAGAAUCAGAAAGACAAAGAGACAGAACAAGUUCUGACUCACCAGUUAUUUGUGCUAUGGCCCCUCAGGAGCCUGAAUGCCAAGCACAGCACCAGAACCUCUUUCUGAUGAAGCCUGAGAACUACAAUAUUGACAAAGUUAGGGAAACCACACCACUGGAUUUGCCAAGCAACGUUCAGAACAGAGAUAGAAUUCCUCUUAAAGAGGUUAUAAGUACUGUAUGUCCUUCCCCUCUUGUUGUAAAUAAACCUAUUAGCUUCCCCUUAGAGACACCUAUAGCUGCAAGGGAACAUUGGGCACCCUCAACAGAUUCGUACGACCAGCACAGUUUACACAGUUGUGUACAGAGAGGACAACGGGACCAACCAACUUGCUUGUCCAGACACUCAUCCUCAAAACCCCCACACCAGUCUGUACAACCGCUCUCUAACCCCUCUCACCUCUCAUGUGUUCCCUUGCCCCUUUCUCUGUCCCAGCCACAUUUCGGUGCUAGUGUAAAACGACUGCGGAGAGAUCAGGUUACAGUCUUAGCACAGCCUGCUAUUAAGACCAAUCAUGUGCAGCUCCGAAACGUGCAGGAAGAAACUGAAAGGAUGAGUGAAGGGAAAGAGAAAAAGCAGGAGAAGUGCAUAGAUGAGACAGAUGUAGAGUCAGGUGAAGAAAGGAGACCAGAGCAGCAGAGAACAGAUAAAAAGUCCAGCCAAACCAAAUGGCACAUGAUCUGAACCAAAUAUCUUCUUUCCCGUUCUGUCCAUUCACUGUUGGAUCAAAGUAUGAAUGGUUAAAAUAUAGAGCUAUGCUGUUAAUUGUUUCUUUGCCAGACCUCUGAUUUAUGAUUAAAACCUCUCUCCCCUCCACCCAACAGUCUUAAAUCUUUGCACUACUUUGGUUGUCAUUUCAAUAACUUAAGUUGUCAUGUCAAAAAUGACUCCCUUGAGCAUCUGACUCUUUUGCAGUGGAAAAGUGUGGAACAGUUUCCAGGUUAGGCACAGAGAUCAUUAUGGUAUGUCCUAUAAGGGCAUUCUAACAGGUGUUGAUUACCUUAACCUGCAAAAGGACAGCAUAGGCCCAUGCAUGUAUUUUUACCUGCACAAAUCAUUUAGCAGAUCAGCAGCCCAACUUUCUUGGUUUACUUGAUGAGAUGGGCAAAAUAUGGGAAAAUGUGAAUUAGGAAACUUCUUAUGUGAUGACAAUUAGAAUAAAGAUGCUUACCAACUAUUCAUUUUGUCACACAAUGUUUUUUUAAUAUGUGUGUACAUGAGUUGGCACAAAAUCAUAAGCUAGCCUUUCAGGCAAGUAAAUACUCCAGCAUGCAUGCCCAGUCUUACAGUUAAUAAUAUACUCAAAUGUUGAACACAUGAAGGUAUUGUUGUUAAAGAAUUAUUGCUAACCCACUGCAUUACAUCAGUUAUACAAAAUAAAUUAUAUGCCUUUAAAUUUGUUGCAACUAUUUAAAACAGGCCCAAUCCAGCAUCCACUUUGCAAACAAUGAGGUUUGUAAAAACACAAUUUGGCAAGUUUGGUGUGGAGGAACUCCAGUGCCCUCCACAGAACACUGACAUCAAACCUAUUAAAUGUUUUGAAAAUAAAAAUGUUGAUUGCAAGUCAUCUAAUAUCCUAAUGUCCUUUUAAAUCUGUUUUUUUAAUAACUGGGCACAUAAAUAAAUGUAUAAAUGUAAGACAUUCUCCAAAAUUCUUUCAAGAAGUGUGUGGGCUUUGUUAUAACUGCAAAUUGUCAGCUGUUGGUUUGUGAAUUACUCAUAUUUUAGUUCUGAGCAGUUUCAUAAAUGCAAUUGAACUUUUAAAAAUGAGAUUCGGGCACUAAAUGUCAUCUUAUAAAUACACUGUUUUAUACAUUUCAAAGUUUGUUUACUCACUUGCCAACCUGGUUGUUGGCCAGAAAAGGUAACUUGGCACUUAUAGGUAGUAAAACAAAACACGUGUUAUGUUUGUGGAACAUGUUUGUUUUCAGAAAAGUGGGGACAUUUUAUAAAAUUCAAUAAAAACUAGAAUAUGUGAUUUGUUGUUUCUUUUGAACUUUUAUUUAACUGAACUAAGUACAAAGAAAAUAGCUGCAUUUUUUUCCACUGACCAACUUGAUUAUUUUUUGUUAAUGUAAACAACAGUUAAACAAAUUUGAUGCUGGUGACACACUCCAAAAGGUUGGGAGAGGGGCAUGUUUACCACUGGGAUAGUCUUGCCUAUAAAUCACACUUUAGUAGUAGUAGUAGUAGUGUAGUGUUUAGGAACUGAUGAUACUAAUUGUUACAAUUCUGCAAGUGGAGUUAAUACCUAUUCUUGCUUCAUACAAGACUUCAGCUGCUCAACAUUCCCCGGUUGCUGUUGUUUGCUUCUUUUCAUGAUGCACCAUACAUUUUCAAUGGUCAGCUCUGUCAAGGGGACUAAUGCAAAUACAUACCAUGACCGAUAACAUAACCUUUCACUGAUAACAGCCUGGAUGGGUUUUUUUUGUCUUUGGCACAGAGAACUCGAUGUUUAUUUUUCCUGAAAACAAGCUAAAACACCAACUUAUUUGACUAGUGUUUUUCACUUCAUCUGAGAUAAGCUUCAGUCCAGAACACUUUGCAGUGUUUCUGCAUAAACUGAUGUAUGACUCUCUCUUUGUGUGUGAUGUUGCAUUUUUUUUUAUUCAGCAGUGGACUGUAGUAAGUGACAACAGUUUAGCGAAGUACUUAUGAGCCCAGAUGGCUACUAAAGUAGCAGGACAGUUUCUAAUGCAGUGCCACUUGAGGUCUUGCACAGUGACAGUGUUUUCUGGCCUUGCCCUAUUUUUUUUUAAUUUCCUGAAUUGUUUCAAAAUAUUAUGUAUAACAACAUGAUAACUUUACCUGUUACCGAUUCACUUGUUUAUUGUAGAAUGUUAUGAAAUUGAUUGACUUUUAAUGUCAUUUUACCCCUGUCCUAACAUUUGUUUAGUUUAUAUUUGUAAAUUAAAAGCAAGUUGGUCAUCCAAAACAGUAACAAAAAAUUUUUUUGUUAAAUAAAGGUUCAAGAGAGCAAUCACAAUCACUGUUUUUUGUUUUUAUUAAAUUUUACAAAAUUGGGUUUGUAAUCCAGUCUCUUAGAUUGGUUGACGAUGCAAAUUUCCAGGUACUUUAUUUGUAGACAUGCUCUGAUUUGGUUGCUGCUGGCACAGUUGUUAAAUUAGAGAACUGAAUAUUAACAAUGUGCCAUUUUAAAAAUGAUUCUGUUAAAAAUAAAUGUAUCAUGCAUCACAUAUCUUUAUAUUGGUUGAAAGUGUUUUUAAAUGUUUGACUAAAGCAAAAGCAUCGAGUCCAUGUUUGCUCUGUGUAGCUGUAUUGUUCCAUCUGCAUUUUAUGUUUGUGCUUUUUCUUUUUUAAAGGCUGGGUUUUGCAUACAUUAAUGUAUGAGUUCCUUACAUAGGCUUAAGAAUUGUAAGAAUCCCAAUUGUUUGCUUCAACAUCUAUUUUUCUGCCUUGAUGGCAUAGGUAGUUUUUUUUAAAUAAGUUUAUGUUUUGUGCUUUACAUUAAACAUUUCAAGUACACAUUGUUUCAAUUAUUUGAUUUGUAAACAGCAAACCAUGAUAUUGCUUUAAGUAAUGAAUUUUGCAAAGCUUUGUAUAAAAUGUCAAAGCCAAUAAUUAAAAAGAAGUGAUUCUUUUGCAUUAGGGAUGCACCAAUCUGAUAUGGAGUAGUGCUGUUGCAGCUGAUGUAUUUAAUUGGCAUAGGUAUAGCUUAUAACUGUCAUGCCUUUGAUAUUUUACAUAGACCUUGAAUAUUUAUGAAAUAAUCAUAUCUAAAAGUUAAGAUUAAUGCAUCCCUAUCUGGCAUGUUACUGCAGCAGGAAAUCUGCAUCUUU